AUCUUAUAUGAUGUAAAUUUGAUAAAAAAACAAUAUUCCAAAAUAUAUAAAUUGGAUUUGAUGUAAAAAAGUAAAUGGUGUCAUGCAUUUCUAUAUCCAAUCAUCCUUUUCCCAAGACAAUCAAAUUAAUUUAAAGUGAUUGACUAAUGAGUUAAAACGACAGGAAGGAAAGCAAUGUGAGCAUGGCUUGUUCAUUCCUUCUUCGUCUUCACCCCAUCACAUCACGUAUCGCCAUUUAUAAGACCUCCAAUCAAAAACCAUCCCCCCCACCUUUCCUCUCUUUCUCCGUAUUAUUAUUAUUAUCGUUGUCGUCGCCAUCGUCAAUCCCCCCAUCAGAGUUUUUCAUCUCCAAAAUUCACCUCUUCGUAAUUAUCAUUUCAAUAAUAUUCAAUCCACGAAAAUUUCAACCCUAUUAAUUAAUCUUCCCUCCCUUUCCUCCUUCCCUUUCUCAAGAUCCUUCACCUUCAACACUAUUUUCCCCCCUUUGCUUCAUCCUCCAAUCCUCUCCAUAUUCCCUUUCCCCUUUGGCUCUAUCUUAUUCUAAGAUCAGGGCCAUACGCAUCACUUUUCACCUUUGAACCGUGAAAAUUUGGUCGACGCAAAGGAGAAGAGAGAAAUGAAGAGUCAUCAACAACAGCAACAUCAUCAUCAGAAAGGGGCGACGUCGUUGUUUCCGAAAUGGCACGUAAUCAACACCUUCUCCUACUUCUUCCUCUUCGCCUGCGGUGUAGCAGCCGGCGUCUUCCUCAACUCCUACCUCAAAAACGUCUCCUUCGACCUCCACCUCACCAAAUUCUCCAUCUCCCCUUCCCCGUCUCCUCCCACCGCCCAAAACAACACCACCACCACCGCCGUCGGCGAUGGAUGUGAGAAUCGUCGUCAUGAGAAAAUAGUGGUUGAGGUGCCGGUCCCGGUCCCGGCUGUAUCUCCUCCGGCGCCGGUGCCAGCUGGCAGGGUGGGGCUGAGCGAGUACCUGAAAGUACCGUCGGAGGCGAUGCACGACAUGGAGGAGGAAGAAUUGCUGUGGAGGGCGUCGAUGGUGGCGAAAGUGAAGGAGUAUCCGUUCCCUCGGGUGCCGAAAGUGGCGUUCCUGUUUCUGACCAAAGGGCCGAUGCUUCUGGCGCCGAUGUGGGAGCUCUUCUUCAAAGGGAACCAAGGGCUUUACUCCAUUUACAUCCAUUCCAGCCCUUCCUACGUGGCGUCGCCUGACGAGAGCCCUCUCUUCCGCGGCCGCAGGAUCCCCAGCCAGGUAGUGACGUGGGGGAAGUUCAACAUGGUGGAGGCCGAGCGGCGGCUGCUAGCCAACGCCCUCCUCGACGUCGCCAACCAGCGCUUCGUCCUCCUCUCCGAGGCCUGCAUCCCGCUCUUCAACUUCUCCACCGUCUACGACUACCUCAUCAACUCCAACCAAGUCUACGUCGAGGCCUACGACACCGCCGACGCCCGCACCCGCUACCACCCUGACCUCAUGCCCGAGAUCACCCUGCCCGACUGGCGAAAGGGGUCCCAGUGGUUCGAGAUCGACCGCGACCUCGCCCUCGAGGUCGUGUCCGACAGGAGGUACUUCCCCAAGUUCCAGGGCUUCUGCAGGAACAAGCCCUGCUACGCCGACGAGCACUACCUCCCUACUUACUUCGUCAUCGAGCACUUGGGAAAGAUGUCCAACCGGAGCCUCACGUGGGUGGACUGGUCGGCCGGCGGGAUCCAUCCCAAUCGGUAUGUAAGAGGGGAGGUGACGGAGGAGUUCCUGGAGAAGUUGAGGAGCGGGAGCGGGGAGUGUUUGUACAAUGGCAAGAAGACGACUACUUGUUUCUUGUUUGCCAGGAAGUUUCUCACUACCUCGUUGGUUAGGUUGUUGAGAUAUGCGCCUAAAGUCAUGCAUUUUAAUCCCUAGACGAUGAUUGAUCGAAGUUGAUGUGUGGUUAGGAGGAGAGCAUCGACUCUGUUUUCUCGAUCGAUUCCAUGUUUUUUUUCCCCCUGGUCGGGUUUUGUUUGCGUUGUGUUGUAAACUAGGAUGUGUGCUUGUUGUACCCUGAUUUAGAUGAAUCAACGAGUUUAAAGUGA